CUCUGGGUCCUGUUCACCAGGAUCUUCAUUCCGCUGCGUCCACCUGUACUGUGCCCACAGUCUCUGGUCAUCUGCUGUACUGUGUCCACAGUCUCUGGUCAUCUCCUGUACUAUGUCCACAGUCUCUGGUCAUCUCCUGUACUAUAUCUGCAGUCUCUGUUCAUCUCCUGUACUAUGUCCGCAGUCUCUGGUCAUCUUCUGUACUAUGUCCGCAGUCUCUGUUCAUCUCCUGUACUAUGUCCACAGUCUCUGGUCAUCUCCUGUACUGUGACCACAGUCUCUGGUCAUCUCUUGUACUGUGUCUGCAGUCUCUGGUCAUCUAUUGUACUGUGUCUGCAGUCUCUGGUCAUCUCCUCUACUAUGUCAGCAGUCUCUGACCAUCUCCUGUACUAUGUCCGCAGUCUCUGGUAAUCGCCUGUACUAUGUCCACAGCCUCUGGUCAUCUCCUGUACUAUGUCUGCAGCCUCUGGUCAUCUCCUGUACUAUGUCCGCAGUCUCUGGUCAUCUCCUGUAGUACAUCCGCAGUCUCUGAUCAUCUACUGUACUAUGUCUGCAGUCUCUGAUCAUCUCCUG